CUUCUGACAGGCAGAACAUCACACAUCCAUCCCCAACUUUGCAAAUCAGUUUAUCAAGCUUUAAGAGGAGCUGCAACCAAGAGGAAGACCUGUUGAAGAAUUCACAGCGACAUCGUUUCUGACAUGCACUUUGAUAAAUUGCCAAAGGAGAAGCCGUGUUGCACUCUGCCCACAGUCAAAAAGCUCUUGGAGCAGAAAAGAAGGCGUGAGACGUCCUCUGUGCUGCCAUCCUGCUCUACAGCCAGCACGAGUCCUGCUCCUCAAACUUCUGCUACAUUGCCUUCAUCAGAGCCAUUUCCCUGUACAGGUGCAUCAAGCAGCUACUCAGACAUGGCAGUGAGUUUUGAGCCCUGGACUGGGGCGCCAGAGUCUUCAAGUUAUUUCAGCAGCCUUCCAGGAUCCAGCUUUUCUACAGCCUACAGCCACCCAGUGACAACUGAAUACACACAGCAGCAGCAGCUCCAUGAACUUGGAGAGACAAUGCCUCAAACAUAUACGGAGUUUCCGAUGCUGGUCUCGGACACCGGGAUGUCUUCUCCUUGGUCUUUUCAGGACCACAGUCAAACCACACAACUGAGUUUUGGUCCGUCGAUUGAUGCCAACAAGCUGGAGGAGGCUCGAAGACUGGUCAGAGGGAUGGAUGACAGUCGAGCCACCAGACAGGAUGAAGACGGAGACACCAUCCUGCACAUCUACACAGCCAAGGGUCUCAGGGAGUGUGCCUUUGCUGCUGCAGAGAGGCUGAGAAAUGUCGGCAGACUGGACGCGAAAGAACACAAGGGAAAGACUGCUUUACUGGUAGCGGUGACUGCAAACCAGCCAGAGAUUGUGCAAGACCUGCUGACAUUUGGAGCAGACAUCAAUGCCUGUGAAAUGAAGGGACAGACUGCUCUUCAUCUAGCUGCCCACUAUGGCUUACCCGGCAUUCUGCAGGUCAUUCUGUCCAGCAGGCCAGAUGUCAACCUGGAAGCCCACAAUUUCGAAGGUAUGACUCCUCUGCACUGUGCAGCCAUCUCUCACAGCCUCACCAUAAAGGCUCUGUCCAGCAGCACCAUGACGGAUGUUAGUCUGAUAACCAAAGCUGCGGAGAAGCUCUCCUGUGUGCAGAUGCUCCUCAACUCAGGGGCGUCCCUUCUCAGCAAGGAAAUCAAGAGUAACAAGACGGUGCUUCAUUUGGCUGUGAAAGAGGGGAACAUUGAUCUGGUGGGUUAUCUGCUCAAGAUUCCCCUGCAGAACAUGAAAGACUUUGUCAACUUGAAAGCUCAUGGUCACACAGCUUUACACAUGGCAGCCGGUCUCCAUAGUAACCCCUACCAAGCGGAGAUCCUGCGGCUGCUGCUGAGCCGAGGAGCUGAUCCCAGCAUCCGCAACCUGGAGAACGACCAGCCAGCUCACCUGCUGCAGAGCGGCCCCCAGGGAGAGCAGCUCAAGCUCAUGCUGAAGAAAAGAAAUGCCUCCUCACGUAGACGAAACGUGUCCUUGCAGGACAGAGAAUGACUUAAACCACUUGUAAUCCCUAUUUAAAGGGAAAGAGUCUUUAGGAUGUUGCCUCAGUUGAGAAGCAGAUUAAUGUUAUGUUAUUUUGGGAGUCUCUGGCAUAGAAAGUGUUCUCAAAGUAGUUGGUCUUAUUAUUCUCUCCAUAUAAUUCACAUUGGAUUGGAUGAAUGAUACUUUAGUCUUAAAAUUCAUGUAGUAUCUAUGAUAGAUAACCAUUUAUUUAUUAUCUUAUUUAAACAGAGGUAAAUAAUUUCACUCCAAAAACAGUGAAAACCUCAAUUUAAUGUUCCUGCUGUUACUCAUACAUCAGGAUGUUGUUUUUUUUACUUUAGAUAAUUAAAUAUGUUUUAGAGGCAUUAUAAUGAAUGUGUUUAAUCUGAUUAAAACUGACAUUUAACUUUUUUGACCAACAGAAAUGAACAGAGAAAGGUGUUAGAAAAUAGUAGUAGUGGACGGUGAUGUGAAAAGUGAAGUUUCAUUCAUUUUCCCAGCAGGCUACACUCCCAGUUGAACGUAGAUUUCUGUGAAAUCAUUUGUAUGACCUUAAGGACAAUGUCCCCUGAAAGCCCCCUGACUCUCUCGUCAAAACUCCCAUCACCAUCAGUGAUCAUGUUGUUUCACUGAGUGACGCUUUUGAUUUCAGUCAGCUUGCUGUGAUCAUUUAUUAUUUAACUUUCUGUCUGUAUGCAUCAUACUUUUGUUUGUUACAUCAUGAUAAUUUUUUUCUUUGUGGAAAAAGAAACUUUAUUGUAUUAGAUUAUUGUGUAUUUGAAACUGAUUGUGACAGAGAAUGUGCUUAUAACAGAGACAGUGAAUGAGUGGGUGUGGUGAAUAUCUGUCUGACUAACUGUACAUUUUAAACAUGACUCAUGAGUAAAAGUGCAAUAACAUUUUGAUGUUGACUUACAUGGGUCUACAGAAAUUGGCAUAUUGGGAAAUUAAACAUCUUACAAGAAAAGCUGUGUCUAUAACAGCCUCACUGACAGAGUAUUUAUGAUAUGUACAACUAUGACACAGAGCCUUAGUCACAGGUGAAAUGAGGUUAGCAUGUGAAGGUCAUUUCAGUGAUGAAUAAGGAGUCAUCUGUCUCUCACCUAUGUGUCAUUUCUUGAUAGAAAUAGUAAAUUCCUGUAAAGCAUAAUGGAAAAAAAAAUCAAUGAAUACAAUUCUGAGCAUAAUAUUGACGACUUGAAAUAACACAUUCAUCGAAUUACUGAGUUCACUGACAACAAUGACAUAAAUGUUUGAGUAGAUAAGACCUUUAUUUGUAACUGUGAUAUCAUUGUGCACAUGUAAUUUCUUAUUUCACACAAGAUAAACUGAUAACAAAACACUGAUUCAUACAUGUUUGUAAUUUAAAAGCAGCUUCAAAAUAAAAUACAUGAAUUAUAAUGACUGUUUUUAUCAAGAUAUUGCUGUUUCUUUUUGGCAUGUAAGGUUCAUUUCAUAUUCUUCAUUAUUUUUUCCCACUUAAUCUCCUUUUGGAUGGCCCAGCAAAUGUACAACUACAAUAAACAAGUGAAA